GGGGGGAGGCGGGGGGCGUGCAGGUUGCUCUUGCCCCGCCGCGGCGCCGUCCGCGUGGACCGUGGAGACGUCAGGCGUGAGGCGUGUGUGAGUCGCCGCCUGCCCACGCCGCUCGACUCGCCUUCCGAAGCUUUCCCUUCCUGCGCGCGUCUUGGCUGGAGACAGGCAGAUGCAGGCGCGCGUGCCGUGCCCAAGUCAACAUUUCCUUCUCACACUGGCGGACUCCUUGUGCCAUCCGGCCUAACUAGUCUCAAGAAAGGAAGAGGAAGAAUGAGCUGAUAGGAGGCAUCAAGUGAUGAGGAGCAUAAGAUUUGUGUUGCUACUCGUGGCGACUGCCACGUUGAUCAAGCCAUCUGGAGGAGUAGAGGCAGAGGAGGAGGACUGGGAGCGUUUCUUGCUGCAGUGGAGGCAGCAUACUUCUCUUCCAUUGCCGCUUCUGAAUGGGGAUCUGGUUGACAAAAUAUGGUCAAUUUGCAUAAGGGACAUGGUUGGUGCAGAGGAAAUAUUGGGCAAUGUACUGUCAUUUGCUUCAGAUGAACUGUUGAGUCAUUCAUCAGAGAAUGUUUUGAAGACUGUGUUGUUUCUGGAGCUUCUAGCUCUUCUUUCCCAUGAAAAGUUAUCUACUACCUGUGAUUGUAUCCGUGCAAACUGCUUCGGCUUGGGAAUUCCACAAGAACUCAGCAUUGCAUUGGGCACCUAUCUUGAGAGCCACAAGCCAUUCCUUGAUUCAAACUUCUAUUCGAGACGGCAUUUGGCUGAUAAAUCAAUUGGAGAUGCUCCUUCCAUGGCUCCAGCUUUUGUGCCAUCCAUGUCCUCCGGUGAUGAAGUUCAGUUUCCCCAAUCUGUUACAGAAACACCAUCUACGCCUUCUAACUCUCUCAACAUUGAACCUCCCAACCAACCUCAUCACCAUAAACCUGCACAUAAAGGAGUGACUCCUCCAUUUUCACCGUUGGAGAAGCAUAAAGACUAUGUUAAGUUAGUCUUGAUUGCAGUUCUCCCGACAGCAGCAGUCUCAUUCGUUGCUGCAUUUCUAAUUUUCUACUGCUGUGGAUGCAACAAAAGCAAGGUCUCUGUCAGUGAGCAACGAGAUGACCAUCCUCUUCUUCACAUGCAGUUGGCUAAUGUGCCUGGUUCAUCACCUGAUGCUCAUUGUCCUGCCAGUCCACAUCACAAGGAUGAUAAAAGGGUUGGGUCUUCUAAGGCUGGAGUCAGCAUGGGUCAGUGCUUUUCAUGCUGUUUUAUAGGAUCAUCAGACACCACACCAACUUCACAAGUGAUUGGAGGAACACUAGAGAACAACGCCACAAGUGAUGCUCCUAAACCAAUGCCACCGCCUCCGCCACCUCCACCUUUGCCACCUCCUAUCAAGAAGGCUCCUCCUCCCCCACCUGGACCCCCCAAAGGUUCAAAAGCAAGGCUUGCUCAGCUGUCACCUGUUGAGUCAAGUCGUUCUGAAGGAUCAUCUGCAGGCGAGCAGACCAGCGAAUCAUCUGAAGCCGAAGUUAAUGCCCCAAGACCCAAACUUCGACCUUUCUAUUGGGACAAAGUUCUUGCUAAUCCUGAUCAAUCAAUGGCAUGGCAUGAUAUCAAAUUCGGUUCUUUUCAUGUGAAUGAAGACAUGAUAGAGGAAUUGUUUGGUUAUAGCGCUGGCAAAAGAAAUAGCCUCAAGGACAAGGAACUUCCCUCCAUGGAUCCUGCUGCUCAGAACAUUUCUCUUCUCAAUGUUAAGAAAUCAUGCAACCUGGGAGUUGUUUUUAAGGCAAUGAAUGUCAGGGUACAAGAGAUUCAUGAUGCUCUCAUUGAAGGGAAUGAACUUCCUAGGGUGCUUCUUGAGACAAUCUUGAGAAUGAAGCCAACUGAUGAGGAAGAGCAGAAGCUCAGGCUCUAUAACAGGGAUUUCUUGCAACUAGGCCUUGCAGAGCAAGUGAUGAAGGCACUAAUUGAUAUACCUUUUGCUUUCAAAAGGAUCAAUGCUUUGCUUUUCAUGUCCUCCUUACAAGAAGAUGCUUCAAGUCUCGGGGAUUCAUUCCUCCAGUUGGAGGCUGCUUGUGGGGAAUUAAAGCAUCGGCUUUUUCUAAAGUUACUAGAAGCUGUUCUCAAAACCGGAAACCGUUUGAAUGAUGGGACUUUCCGUGGUGGUGCUAAUGCGUUCAAACUUGACACCCUUCUGAAAUUAUCAGAUGUCAAGGGUGCUGAUGGAAAGACAACAUUGCUUCACUUUGUUGUUCAAGAGAUCAUCCGGUCUGAAGGUGUCCGUGAAGCAAGGUCGGCCAUGGAAAGUGGAAGAAGUCCAUCGAGUACAUCAGAUGACAAUUCCAAUGGAUCUCUUGAAGUUGAAGAAGAUGGUGAUUACUACUCCCACCGUGGCCUUAAGAUUGUUUCAGGACUCAGUACUGAGAUGGACAAUGUCAAGAGGGUAGCUGCACUAGAUGCUGAAGCUUUGUCUGCCAGUGUGGUGAACCUUAGACAUGAGUUGCUGAAAUCAAAGGAGUUCCUGAGUGAAAUUGCAACGAUAGAAGAAAAAAGUGGAUUCCGCCGCUCAUUGGAAUGCUUUGUGGAAUAUGCAGAUAAUGAGACAAAUUUUUUGAUGAAAGAAGAGAAGAGAUUGAGAUCAUUAGUGAAGAAAACAAUCCGAUAUUUCCAUGGAAAUGACUCUAAAGAUGACGAUUUUCGGUUGUUUGUGAUCGUAAGAGAUUUCUUGGUGAUGCUAGAUAAGGCAUGCAAGGAAGUUGGAGCAUCACAGAAGAAGGGUACAAAUAAAUUACGAAACAAUGGCAACCCUACAUCCCAGCCAACCCUACAGGAGCAACAGUUCCCUGCUGUUAUAGAUGACCAUUCUGAUAAUUCAGACUCUAACGACUGACAAUAGAUAAUGUAGAUGUUCUUUUCUUCAGGAAACGUUGUAAAGAGAAUCCAUUUUGACGAGGAAAUAUGCUAGCAUACAGACAGAUUUCACAUACAUAUCUUGAUUGAUAUUUAUGGCUUCACGAUAUGGUUCCUAAAAGUUCUCUAAAUUA